CUAAAGCGAGCCUACUAAGUCUAGGUUGAAACCAAAUCUAAUUCUGCUGCUACUCUCCCAAAAACAAGGCUUUAGAAUAGGAACAGAAGCUAACGUGCAUGACUUGCUCCAAAACGUGUGGUGUUUUCACUCUGGUUUUGCCAAAAAAAAAAAAAAAAAAGAAUCCAGAGAACAACUUCAAGUAUUGCUAUAAACUCUCAAGCCAGGUAAAAUAUACUUAUGCUUUGAAAGACUGCUUUUUAUGUUGGUAUCAUGGGGUUCUAUAUUUGUAACUGUGUCUAAGUAUCCUCAGUUCACAAAUAAGCCUCCUUUCCACCCGCCCCUCCACCCCACAUUGUUCAUUGUCUAACAGCUGUGGAUUAGGAAAAGAUGUGCUGCUGUGAAGAAGAGGUGUUUUUCCCUGGCAGUGAUACUGGGAGCAAGUACCCUUCCUGUACAGUGCUGGUCAGCAUUUAAAUAACCUGUUCUCACUAACAUGAUGGAAGUGUUUUGACUUCAUCUUUAAGAGGAGGUGGUUUGGACUGCUCUACCUUGGCUCACUGCUGCCAUCUAUCUAAUGCUGGUUGUAACUUCAAUUUGGGAAGGGUCUCUUUCUUUUUUUCCCUUCUCUUAAUAAGAAUUUGAAAAGCCUGGUAUGUAAUUUUUUCUCAAUUUCUCUGUUGGCUGAACUUUCUUUCUUGUGUAUGCAGUUCCUCAGACAGGUGGUUUUGCAGUUUGAUGCUGAUCUAACCUAUCUUCCCAAGAUUGGAGUUCCAGGAAAUCUAGGAAGAUUGACUUGUGUCCUUAGAACUGGAAUAUUCUGGGAUACUUCACCAAAUGCCAAAGGUCUGCUGCUGCCUCAGUAGCUCACAGGCGAUCAGAUCCUCACUCAUGGCUGGGAAACCAAAGCUUUAUUAUUUCAAUGGAAGGGGACGAAUGGAAUCAGUCCGAUGGCUACUGGCAGCUGCUGGGAUUGAGUUUGUAGAAGAGUUUCUGGAAACAAGAGAACAGUAUGAAAAGUUACUGCAGGAUGGAGCCCUGUUGUUCCAACAAGUGCCCAUGGUAGAAAUCGAUGGGAUGAAGAUGGUGCAGACCAGAGCCAUUCUUGGCUACAUAGCAGCAAAACACAACCUUUAUGGGAAGAACCUGAAGGAGAGAGCCCUGAUUGACAUGUAUGUGGAAGGGACAAGAGAUCUGAUGGACUUGAUCAGGGUCCACCAUAAAUUUUCACCUGAGGAACAGGAGAAAAAUCUGGCUUUAAUAAAUGAAAGGGCUACAGCCAGGUACUUCCCAGUUUAUGAAAAGGUUUUAAAAGAUCAUGGAACAGAGUUUCUAGUUGGAAACCAACUCACCUGGGCAGAUGUCCAACUGAUUGAAGCUAUACUGAUGGUAGAAGAGAAAGUGUCCACAAUUCUCUCCAAAUUCCCACUAUUACAGGAUUUUAAAACAAGAAUAUGUAACAUCCCUACAAUUAAGAAGUUUCUGCAACCUGGCAGCCAGAGGAAACCACCACCUGAUGAAAGUUAUGUAGUGACUGCAAACAGAGUUUUCAAUAGAAAAUAAAAGCUGGGUUCCAUUUACUGAGAGCGGUGACCAUUGGUGAGCUGGGACCAGUUUUGGAAGCUAGUUGUCAGGCCUCCUUCUGACAUGUCUUGUCCAAUGGAGCUGGUACUGUAUCAACAUGGCUUCGAGGCUGGGAGUGUUUGCUUAAGCUAGAAUGCUGGCAUUGGUUCUUUUGUCCUUCCAAUUAAUACGGAGCAGUGGUACUCAACCUUUUGGCCCCUGGGCCAAAUGAGUGCAGCAGGGCCAAUCCACAGGCCAAAUCAGACUCCAUACCCCAGGACCAUGCCUAUGUGCCCAGAUCCAAACUGUGCUGCCUGGAUUGGGGCCCUGGGACCACACACCACCUCUGCCUGGUCCUGCAUGUUGGGAUCAGGGCUCUGGGACACCACACUCCCCCUGCCCAACUCCAUAUGCCAGGAUUGGAACCACAGAACCCUGCACUGCCUCCACCCAGUUUCCAAAGCCAGAACUGGGGUCCUGGGUCCCUGCACUGCCUCCACCAGGCCCCAUUUGCCGGGAUUGAAGUCCCAGGACCCUGUGCCACCUCUGCCCAGUCUUCCAUGUUGGGAGCAGUUCACUACCUCUGCCCAGCCCUGCAUGCUGGGAUUAGGGGCCCAGGACAUUGUGCCACCUUCACCCAAUCCCAUAUGCUAGGAUUUGAGCCCUGCUGUCCCACAACACCUCUGCCCAAUCUGGUAUACUGGGAUCAGGCCUUGUGCUGCCCUCUAGUGUGCAGGGCCAUCACAUGGUGAGCUGAAUGACAAUGGGUUGGAUCUUGCCUGUGGUCCAGUGGUUGAGCACCCCUGAUAUGGAACAUUUUCCAAAGACAUUGAUGAUGGUAACAUUCCAGAGCUUUCAAGAGUGUCCAAUAUGUCAUCUAAGUUUGACACCUAUACGACAGGGUAGGGAUGACAACAGCCUGGCAGACAAGAAGUUUGGUUUGGAUGCUGAUAAUUGUGAUAAUGAAAAACAUGAUUUCAGAGAUGUCCAAAGGCAGCACUGGCAGAUUUCAUCCAGAUUUGAAUAUCACUAUGUUCACCUUUUUGGGAAAGAUGGCUACCUAUGUAGGGGAAAUGCUUAAUGUCUGCCAAAGACUGCUGUCUAAUUACAAUGUGUAGAAGUGCUAGUUAUUCCUGCUCUAGUGAAUGCAUGGCACCCUCUCAAAAAGUGACCAUUUCCAAAGGGCAGAAAUUGGUACUAUUUGUUAUAGGAGAAUGAACUGAAGGCAAUCCAAAUUCAGGAAAACCUGUUCUAGUUUUAACACACCUUCAUCCAGUGUUGAAGCUGGAGCAGGUUUUCUAAGUUUGAAUCGUUCUCAGCUCAUUGUUCCAUAACAAAUGGAAUGUGUCACAGGACAGUUGCAGGUCACAUAAAGGUAUCCCAGUUUGCUCUGUAUAUAUGUGUGUUGUUGUCUCCUCUUUGGGGACUCUCCGGCCAUGCCUUGACAGGAAAAAAUAAAUUAAUAUAUACCACAAAGGGGCGACCACUGACUAGCAUACAAUAACA